CGUUAUUUUCUCGUAAUUAUAUUAGCGAGCAAAUACAAGGUUAGCAGUCACUUGAUGCAAUAUUACUCUUGAAUAAGUGUAUGCAAAUAUUUCACAACUGGUGUAACAAGUUAACAUGUUGUUGAAAUAUUAUUCCGUCGUGAUACUGUGUCUUUCCGUUGUCAACGGAGAAGCUGGUGAACCUAAAUGUUUUUCGAGGUUUGACUAUGACGAGAAAAUGUUAAUGAAACAAUUAAGAUUUGAAGACAAAGUUCAGAAAUUCGAGGAUUUUAUUAACGGAGUUAAGGCGCGAGAAGCCAAGGAAAAGGAGGAACGUGAUGAAUUAUUUGCCGCAGAAUUAGAGAAAGUUAAAAAAGAACUGAAGUUGAAAGAAGAAAAGGAAGGAGAAGAACGCUCUAAGUUGUUUGCCGCAGAGUUACACAAUUUAGAGAAAUACAAACAAGAGAAUGCGGAAGAAGUUGAACGACAGAAAAAUGUGACGUCAGAAAUGCUCGAAAGUGUUGAGAAUUCUAAGACGGAGUUUGAAAACGUCCAUCAACAAAUAAACGAGAGAAUGAAAGGGAAAAUUGUGGCAUUCACAGGGACCAAUCCUACGGCGGGUGAUACAUCAACAUCUAUGUCUUUUACAACGGUCAUUACAAACGAAGGUAACGGGUUUGAUAAAUCGACUGGUAAGUUUACAUGCCCUGUAAGUGGGCUCUACUACUUUUCCUUACACAUCAUCAAAAAGCGGUCAUCUAGUGUCGACACUGUCGGAUGUCACAUUAAUCUGAACGGAUCAAAUAAAGUGCAAGCUUAUAUAGAUCCACAGGAUGGGACCAAUGGUGCAGACAACGGAAGUUACGGAGUUUCGACGUCGGUGUUUUUAAAUCUGAAGGUUGGAGAUGUUGUGAAAAUAGAUAACUGCAGCAGUGAAAUAUCCGGUCGCGUAGAAUCAUGGACGUCAUUCAGUGGUCAUUUAGAAAACGAAGUUUAACUUAAACAUACUAUUUUAUUACCCUUCCAGAUUUUUUCCGCCUUUUUGAUUGGAUAUUGAUCACCUGCAUGAAAUUGAUAAUACCGAGCCAGACGGGUAUUAUACAAACUAAAUUUCCCCGUUGGAUACCCCACGUUGUAAACAACAUGCGCUGUGGCGAUGAGCAUACGGUUUGAUUUCACGCGAUGUAAAUUCCUAUUUACAAGCACUUUUUAACUGUCAAAUGAUAAAUAUUUACCAAAUAAGAGUAAUGAUACAUAUUCUCAUCAGUAUUGAAAACAAAUAUGACCUUGUGAAAGCUUGAUAUAAUUCCAAAAAAGUGCGUUCAACAGACUACUCCUUUUCUCUUGUUUACAUUUGUUAGGUUCGAAAGAAACUACGUCAUGUAUUUAUGUGACGUCAUAUUGUGGUGAAGGGGUACCCUAAAGGAAUCUUAUUUCGACGUUUCAUUUGAAGUAGCAAUGAUUUAUUUUUAAAUCGUCUUAACUCGGCAGGUGAAGGGUAAUAAAAUUAUUAUUUUGGUUUUGGAGUGAUAUAUGUGGAUAUGUUACCUGCCAAGAUAAAAUAUCACCCUCGCCUAACGGCUCGGGUAAUAUAAAAUCUUGACAGGUUAUAUAUCCACAUAUAUCACUCCAAAACCAAAAUAACAUAUAAUAUGUAUUUUCUAGAAUUUGUGUCGCAAAAAAAGUUCUCCGACUUCUUUCUCGCGCAUGAAAUACAGCUUUAUAUCAAAGUUUUAAAUGAUAAAAUAAACACAGGUUAUCAGCUUAUUUUGAAGAUUCUGUUAAUUCUUAGAAACAGUGUGUACUUUAUUCGACGGGAAUUUCAAAAGGAAUGUACCCUUUAUAAACUUUGAAAUGUUUGAUACCAAAGGCUUUAUUUUGUUCACUUUUCAAAAUAUUAUUUUUUAUGGACUGGUUCGAAUCGAAUUAUCUUUCCAAGUUUAUAUAAAUCAAGUGACCCCUGUAUUGUAAAACUAUUUUCAUAUAGUGAUUAUAAUGAUUACAGAAUACAUUGAAUGAAAGGAAUCUGCCUGAAAGCGAGCAAGCAUGAUUCAGAUCAUCGUCAAACCAAUAAUAAUCGCUGAAGAACAAUUUAUUCUGUUUACUUACAAUAUUUAUGUAUAUUAAAUUACUUACACAUUAUAUGCAAUCAAUCUUCCAAGGAACGACAAUAAGGUGAUGAACACAACAUUUACUGUUUUUAAAUGUAUAUAAAAAUAUCAUACACUUUGAUUUAAAUGUUCCAUUAUCAAUUAAACUGGUCUAUGAGACACCUUCAUCUAUGGCGUUAAUGUUUGAAAUGGGUAAAAUACAAAAUGAGGUACAAAAUAUAUUUCAAGAAUGUACAAAUUAAAUACCUAAAUCACUCUAAGUACGUUACUGUAUUUUGGAAAAGCAAAUAGACAUUAACAAAUUAAAUUGUCGACAGAAAAUGUAUGUAGUGUCAAAAAAUUAGGACAGUGUUAUUAAUAUUUAACUAGUUUGUUUGGCAUACUAUUGUAUUGUCGUAAAUUUGUUCAUUUGUGUAUAUAUAUGUUUAAUAUCGAUGUAUUCUUGUUAUGAUCUUCAUUCAAUGGGGGAAUAAAAGAUAUAUACAGA